CAAACGGCGACUCGCGCUAACGCAGGCGCUGAGAUCCAGUUUGAGGGGAUGGACUUCUCCGAGUGCUACGGGGACACCGUGUCCAGCGUGGCUGCUGCGGCUCGCUCCGGCUGCAGGAAGGCCGUGAGGAGGCUGAUGAAGAGAGGCUUCUGCGUGGACGGCCGGGACAACCGCGGCUGGAACGCCCUGCACGAGGCGGCGGCCGCCGGCAGCCGGGGGUGUGUGCUGGAGAUCGUGUCUGCUGCGGGCGGCGCCUACGUGAACUCCUUGACUCACGAGGGGGAGUCUGCAUGUUACCUGGCCGCGCAGCGAGGACACCUGGCUGUGGUCCGACUCCUCCUGCGAGCGCACGCCGACAUCAACCAGCUAACCAACGACUUGUCCUGCCCUCUGUAUGCAGCUGUUGACGCCGGGCACAGGGAGGUUGUGGAACUGCUGGUGGGUAAAGGUGCCGAGGUCGACCGGACGCACACCGCGUCCUGCUGGACCUGCCUUCAUCAGGCCGUUCACAAGGGUCACGAGGACAUUGUUCGCAUUCUGGUCGAUGUGUGCAACCUGGAGGCUCUGGACGACCACAAGAUCUCCCCUCUCUUUGUGGCGGCGCAGUAUGGACAACGGGAAUGCCUGGAAAUCCUCGUUAACGCUGGCGCCAACGUGAGCUCCCAGGCAGCUGAUCUGGCCACACCGCUGCUGAUCGCCUCUCAGGAGGGCCACCGGGCCUGUGUGGACUUCCUGUUGGACCACGGGGCAGAUCCUGACCUGGCCUGCAGUCACGAGUGGCCACAGCUUCCCAUCCACGCCGCCGCUGAGUUCGGCCACAUCGGUGUCCUCAGGAGGCUGAUUGCUGUCACGCAUCGCGCGUGUGACCGUGGCGACGGCGCGGUGAGCCCGCUGUACCUGGCCGUCCACGGCCGCCAGAGCCACAGUGUGGAGAUGCUCUUGAGGGAAGGUUACAGCCCGGACGCCCAGGACUGCUCACACGUCCUGGGCGUCCGGUCGCCGCUCUCCCUGGCCUUGUCCACGUCCACCGACACGUACAGGGAACCAGUGGGGUUGCUGGUCGCUGCAGGAGCCAGAUUGAGCGAGGAGGACUGGAUGUACGCCUUGGCCACGGACAAAACAGACCUGCUGCAACUGAUACUCGAGCACAGACUGAUCCCUCGACCGGAGACUCUGACCAGGGACGGUUCUGUGCCGAAGCAUCACGGGGAAACCUUUUUAAAGCUGCAGGAGCUCCGGGAGCUGCUCUGUGUGGCACUCAACCAAGUACACUUCGCCGCACGCUGGCUUCCUGUGCUUCUGAAGGCAGGACUGGACCCUUCUUUGCUGCUUCAGCCCCACAUGUUGGAGCAGGCCGACGGCGAGGUGUUGAAUUACCUGUUGGAGUUUGUAAACUGGUCCAAUCUGUCUCCCCCUUUGAAAUGUAUUCUGGAUCGAAGACGAGCGGAGAAGACCUGGGAACCAGGUCCACAUCUUGGCUCCAUCCCCCGUCUUUCCCACGUCUGUCGGCUGCAGGUGAGGUCAGUGCUGGGCCCGGAUCUGCUGAUGAGGACCAGUGUGGUGCAGCAGCUCCCCGUUCCGGCUCCGCUUCACGCCUUCCUCCAAUUCAGAGACAUCCCAGAAGCUUCCUACACACACUCGCCGCCGUCGUCGCCGCUUUCAAAUCGAAUGCAGCGAUACCGCCGCACACACCAACACAGACAUGUCCUAUAA